AGGCCACGAAGGGAAGAGGUACAGCGUCCGGCUCACGAUCUCCUGUAUGAAUCGACGUGAAUUGCAUCUUUGAUUGACUUGACACACUCGCUCGGGAAGGAAGUGAGGCGGAGGAGUGUGUGAGAGCGAGGUGCAGGGAGACUUGAGUGAGCGCGGAGCUGUGUGGUGGUGUGGCUGUGAGUGUGGUAGUGGUGGUGUGUGUUUUGUAGCCUCACUCACCAUAGCCACGCAUCCUCACACACACACACACCCUGGCGACUGGCAGCUGACAGGGCAGCAGAUCUGAGUGAGGGACGAAGGAAGAGGUCAGUCGAAGGCGCCCAACACAAGAUGUGACAGAGAGCAGUACAUGCUUCCCGAUCUGCAGCAGGAGGCAUGAUCGUGACGCCGAGCUUUAGCCGGGAGAUGGGCGAGGGGGGGCGCUUGGUGGGGGGCCGCGUGCCCGCCCUCGGCCUGCCGGACCCCAGCCCCGCCUACAAGCCGGACGUGGGCGGCGGGGUGUUCAAGAGCGGCCUGGGCCCCGCCUUCGACCACAACAAGAACACGGUGAGCGACAAGGAGGGCGGGGGCGGCGGGGGCCUGGGACCCCUGCCACUGGGUCACCACCUGCAGCCCUUCACCGCCCCCUGGCUGGCUGAGGUGGCACAUAUCACCCCCGCCCCCCGCCCAGACCACCUACCCUUUCCCCAGCCCCCAGCCCCGCCCCUCCCUGACUACUACCCACACUUCCCCAGCCUGGCACACCGCCCCCCUGGCUACUACCCCCACCCCUUCCUGCCCCCCGCCUCCUCCAGCCACUUCCUCAGAGACUUCCAGCGUCACGCCCACCGGCCCUACCCGUCUCUUGACCCCCGCCCACCCCUGGAGCGCCCCACCCCUGUGUCAGGGACGCCCACGCUCGUCAGACCUCUGGGGCCCCCAACCCUGAGGAGCCUGCAUCCUGACCCGCGAGACCUGAGGGACGCACCCCCUACCAAGCUGCGGCCCCGACCACCUGACCUGACACUCCCCGUCAGCCCUAGUGGUCCACCCGGGGAGCCUUCUCCACGGGGGCCCCAUGGGGAGCCCAGCCCUAAGCGUCGUGCCGGGUCCGGUGCCUUCCCUAUGCCCGCCCCACGCUCACCCCGCGCUGGCCACCGGGGACUGUCAGGCCCAGCCGCCCCGCACCAGGUCCCGGGCCCCCUGUGUCUUCUGCCCCAGGCCCGGCCACCACAGGGGGCGCCGCUCCACCGACCACCACCGCCACCGCUUCUGCCUCCGCCACCACCUCGUCUUCAUCCUCAUCCUCCUCCGCUGCCGCCGCCGGCCGCGGGGAGCGCCGCCCCAUCCUCGCUGACCCCGGCCACCACCUCUGCCCCGUCUCCCACCCCCGCCAGUCCGCCCCAGGAGCCCCGCCCCUCCUCCCCCUAUCACGCCCACUUUGCCCGCGGCGCGCUGGUGACGGUGGGCGCCAGCGUGAGGCGCGUCGAGGAACUGGAGACGCGGGACUUCCUUGAGGCGGCGCGGGCGGCGGAGGACCUCAUGCUGCACCCCAGUACCGUGGCAGCCAUCACGCCCGCGCCGGGACGCCCCGCCGCCACCACCAUCACCUUCACUUUCCCCUCCAGGAACACACAGGUGUCGGUGGAGGCCGCGGUGGACCACCCGUUCUUCGUGUUCCACAGCGGGUGGUCGUCGUGCAGCCCGGAGCGCACCCAGCACAAGUACAACCUGAAGGUCCGCCGGCUGCAGGUCGGGGACGUGUGUGUCUCCCUCACCAAGAAGGUCCCUGGCGCCGAGCCUCUCUACCCGCCCCCGCCGCCGCCCGCCGCGCCCCAGGACACACCCACACCGCCAGCAGGGGAGCCCGCCCAGGUAACACCCACAUCCUCAGAUCCUUCCGCCCCGAAAGCUUCCACCCCGCCGCCCAAGCCCUCCACCCCGCCGCCCACCAAGACGUCAGCGGAGGAGGAUGCGUCGCCACAAUCAGGCAGCGGCGGCGCCUCUAGCAGCGUGUGGAGCCAGCCGGGCACGGCAGCGUCGAGGACCAGCUCCGGGCGGCAACAUUCCAGCGACGAGGCGGCACAGCGUGAGGAUAAAGACGGGGGCAGGAAACGGCGGUGGUCAGACCCUGGCCAGACCACGUGACGGCCCCGCCCCUGCCUCAAGCGCCUCGCGUGUCCCCGCUUGUCCCCUUAGUACUCGCAGCCGCUCCCUGGGCCUGCCCCAUCACGGCAAGGCGUGCGUGCAGUAUGGGGAGUCUGCCUGAGCUCGGUGAGGCUGUGUGGGGCGCAGCGGGAUGUGCACAGUGGCGGGUCACUCCCACGCGAGGCUUUUGUUGCUGUUUCGCCGCGGCGUAAGUUUGGCGCCGCUGCAGAGUUGUUCACACCACACCUUUAUUGUUACCUGAAGGAGUGAGGGCCGCGGGGCUGGCGGGCCACGGGUACCUGCUGCAGGUGUUCCGCGGCCCGGGGCGGCGCGACCCUUGGCGGCAGGAUGUCCUCAUGGUGCCCUGCGUCCCGCGGGCUGACCUGAGACAAGAAAGUGUCAUGAUAGUUUGUGUUUGUGUCCGAAAAGUCCAAUUUGCAAUACUUUUUUCCAGUGUUUAGUGUUGAAUGCUGUGUUUUUGUUCUAUCCAUGAAAUUUCUCUUAUAUUGUACUGGUUUCCAUGUCUUUCAUGAUUAUUGUGAUAUAAGACAGAUUAAUAAACGCAGAGAACAGC